AUGGCACCUUCAGCAAGCUUCAUUGAUGUUGAACCUCCAGUUGUGAUUGGCCCAAAGACCAAAAAGGCCACACGACCCACGAAUCAACUGCCCCAGUCCUUGAUUCAGGGAGCAAAGGUUGCGAAGAAAGAUGUCUUUGAUCCUGCCAAGCACUUGAAUUUCCAGCCUCCAAAGUCAAUUUACACCAUGGAGCAGAUUGGACUCAAGGGACAUGGCAUUUCACCCAACGCAGCAACCGAACCGUUCCCUCUCUUUACCCAGGAUGCCAUUGCGCAGAUCAGGGCUGAGAUUUUUGACGAGAAGGUGCUUGCGGAAUGCCAAUAUUCCUCUACUUUCAACAAGAACAUGGUUCGGGGUAUGGGCGCAGCGCGUGCUCCUUUCACCUACGACGCGUGGAAAUCCCCGGAAGUACUGGCAAGAAUCUCUGAAGUGGCCGGGAUUGAUCUGGUCCCUUCUAUUGACUUCGAGAUCGCCAACAUCAACAUCUCGAUUCGUGACGAGAAUGAAAACGUGGAUCAAACCAUACCCAUUAUGACCGAUGAUGAGCUGCCUGCUGUUUCCUGGCACUACGACAGCUUCCCAUUUGUGUGUGUGACAAUGCUUUCCGACUGCACUGGAAUGGUCGGCGGAGAAACUGCGUUGAGAACACCCAGUGGAGAGAUAAUGAAAGUUCGCGGACCUGCUAUGGGAACCGCCGUUGUGAUGCAAGGGCGGUAUAUCGAGCAUCAGGCCUUGAAGGCGCUGGGUGGACGCGAGCGUAUCAGCAUGGUCACUUGCUUCCGUCCAAAAUCGCCUUUGGUGAAGGACGAGACUGUUCUAGUUGGAGUGCGUGGCAUCAGUGAAAUAUCCGAGCUGUAUACCCAAUACACCGAGUAUCGACUCGAGAUCUUGGAAGAGCGCAUCUGUCAUCAGCUGAAGAAGGUGCGAGAGGGCGGAAUUUCGAAGAAGCGCUUCAAUAUUCCAGAGAUCCAGAACUUCCUCGAUAAGCAGAAAUUGUUUAUUGAAUCAAUGAUGACCGAGAUUCAGGAGGUGGACUAG